CAUUCAGCUUCACGCCUUCAAAACGGCAGCUAAAAUGAAAGAUGUAUAUUUAUUUCCGCUAUGUCUGCUGUGCUCAGUGAUGAGUGUAAUGGCUUUUAUGAAAUCUGGGACUUCGCCCUCCUCACCAAAUGCUGCCCUCAGAAACUGCAUGAGGAAUGUUGGUUAUUACAAUGGAACCCCAAAACGCUACCGCAACAAAUUCUCCAACUCCGUGUGGAAAUGGUGCUCAGUUCAUAGCAGAGUGUUGCCAUGCGUAGAGCAGUCUAUGGAAAAUAACAGUCUGCGAAGUCCCUCGGAUUGGUUCUUUUCUAUGACGUUCGAUUCAACAAUGGCGAGAAGAACAUCAGUUGCCAUGUGCCAAAAAUUAAAAAAAUUUGGGAGGAAGUUAAAAUGCAUCAAGUCAUCUAGCUUAAAGCGCGCCAAAAGAUGUGUUAAAUCCUUGACCAUGCCACUUAGACAAACACUGACUGAAAUGUACUUACAGAACACAACAAACGGCCAUGAUGCUCGAAGGUUGGCUUGCAUAAUAUCAGCUGCAACAGCAACAUGUUAUAAGGAAAAGAUACGUUCAUGCAGGAGUUACCUCAGGGAUUACAUUGGUGCCUAUCACGUAAUUCUGGGUGGGAAAUGUUUAUCUGUUCUUAAGACAUCAGAUGAAUUUGUAGAUGAUUCAAUCAUUAUGCCAAGACAAGCAGACCGAAAUUGGGUGUCUAUUGUCCAAUCUAUUCUUAAAGACGUGGGAAUUGAUCAUUUUCCAAAAAGUCUGUUAUCAGAAAUCCAAACAACGAGGUCAGUGUCAUCACAAAAUAUCCAAUCAAUAACAUCAUCAUCACAAGAGAUCCAGUCGACAAUGACGUCAUCACAAGAGAUCAAAUCAACAACGGUAUCACAUGAGAUCCAAUCAAUGACAAGCGCGUCAUCACAAGACAUCCAAUCAAAAUUCCCCACGUCAUCCGAAGAGAUUCAAUCAAAUGCAAACUCUACCUCUGCACCAUUUACAAACUCCUUUGAAGAUGACGAUGGAGACUUAAGAACUGAUUCAAGCACAGAUGCACAGACAACAAUAAAUUUUGAAGAAAGCACACAAAAUUCUACUACGGAGCUCGAAUCUUUUAUUGCAAACGGAAACAAUUCUGUAGAUUCAGAGCAGAAAAUUAAUGCCAAGGAAACUACUACAUCUAGUGAUGAAAGUAAUGCAAACAAAAGUAAGGAAAAAAUUAUACUCAAUGAAUCUCAAAAUUACACAUUAUCUACAGAUACCAGUGUAACUAAAGUGAAAAAGUCAGUGACUCCAGCAUCUUCAUCGCUGAGAUCAUCGUCAUCGACAUUAUUUCUCUCCAGUUUGUCAUUGGGAUCAUUAUUUUUGUCUGUGUUGUUCAUGUUGAUUCACUGAACUUGUACUAGUAUUUGUGUCUACAUAGAUCUCAUUGUAUCAAACGACAUCUAUAUGUACUAUGUAAAUAAUGUACAUACAUCUGCUAGUUUAAGAUUGGCAAUAAUAGUUGUGUAGUAAUGAUUUUAGAUAUUUUGUACAUAUUAUAGUAUUUUCACUUUUGCUUUUAAGUCAUUGAACUUUGCUACACAUGUAUUAUAUAGUAGCAAAUGUACCUUGAUCCGCUAAGGGAAUAAAGCCUGUUAAAUUUGAUUCUCUUUAUAACAAAUAAAAUACUUAUCAAAAAAUACUGAAGAUUGCAUGAGACAAUUUGAUACAGCUGUGGCCUACAUAACCCAUCAGUAAACACAGAGUUCUAAAUAAAACUUCUUCUUUAUCCAUUGGUAAUGUAGUAGGGCGACAUGUAUAGCAUGAGCAGUAAUUACUAGGAUAAGCAAAAUUGGCAAAUACAUUUUUUAACUAAUUUGUAAGCAACAACUUGAAUAAGCAGCUUUGAGAUUUUUUUUGAAAAAAAAUACCUGUUCCAUGUCUGACAUCUGUCUCAAUUAAUGUCUCUUUUUUGGUUAAAAAAAAGAAUCUGGGUUUUGUUUGGCCUUGCAUAAAUGUUGACCUGCCGAAAUGCUUUCUUGCUACAGACUUCAUUAACGAGAUGGUUAGAGAUGACAAUGCUAAUGAAAUAACCGCAGAACUUGUGUUACAAAUUUUCUGACACUCUACAAAUUACUCGCUGAAAGAUAAUUGUACUUUUAAAUUCAUCGCGAGUAAAGUAUGCCAGGUUUAAGAUUUUUUUCUCAGCUGAAAUUAAAUUUUCGUCGUGUGUGUGUUUGUUUGCGUGUCGGUUAUG